AUGGUUCAACGAGAAGCUUUUCCAGACGAAGUGCACCAACUACUGGCACAAAUCAGCGAGCCGAAUAAGAAACAGGUCACCGUAGGAAAAGGCAGCAAACUGUACAAGUUGUCACCUUACCUGGACGAGCACCAAGUUCUGCGAGUCGACGGGCGGAUUGGAGCGGCGGUUAAUGUGGACAACUGCAUCAAGUAUCCAGUGAUUCUCGCGAAACAACACCGUGUCAGCGAUUUGAUCAUCGAUUUUUAUCACCAUUGUGAAGCGUUGUCAGUACUGCAAAAUCAACAACGCUCGACCUCAAAUUCCAAGGAUGGCUUUACCAGCGGCGAGGUUAGCAACGUGCACACGACCAUUCACUUUCGUUGGAUUGGAAUUGUUUGGUCCACGGUUAAACGUUGGAUCGCGCUCUUCACCUGUUUGACAGUGCGCGCUGUCCACGUCGAAGUAGUAUUCAACCUAAGUACGGAAUCGUGUAUUAUGGCGGUUCGGAGGUUUGUUGGUAGGCGAGGAUCACCACUAGAAUUCUAUUCAGACAACGGCACCAACUUCCGGGGAGCCGAUAACGUGCUGCAGCAACAAGUGUCCAACAUCGAAGAAGGGCUGGCAUCUACGUUCACCAACACUGCAACGAAAUGGGUGUUUAUACCUCCCGGAACACCACACAUGGGCGGCGCAUGGGAGCGCAUGGUGCGUUCGGUGAAGAAAGCGAUGGAGACGAGCCUGAGCUCGUGUAGGAAACUAAACGAUGAAGGCCUGAGGACUCUGGCAAUCGAGGCUGAGGGAAUUGUGAAUUCCAGACCGCUUACGUAUCUUCCGAUUGAGGCAGCGGAACAAGAAGCUCUUACACCUAAUCACUUGUUAAUCGGAAGCUCCAACGGUGUCAAGCAGCCGACUGUAGAGCAGGUAGACGAAGUAUUAAUGCUUAAAAAUACCUGGAACCAAAUACAACACCAAGCAGACAACUUCUGGCGUCGAUGGGUUCGCGAGUACUUACCGGAUUUGACUCGGCGCACGAAAUGGCAGGGUGAAACUCGACCCAUUUGUGUAGGAGACUUAGUGAUCAUUGUGGAUGAGGCUAGAAGAAAUGGCUGGGUCCACGGACGUGUUAAUGAGGUCAUUCCAGGGCAAGAUGGGCGUGUAAGAAAGGCAAAUCGGCAAACUCAUAGGGGGCUCACUAGGCAAUCGGUCUCGAAGUUAGCUGUACUUGACGUUGAGGCUGAGGUACCAAAAUUAGCUGUACUGGGAGUUGCGACUAAGGGUAACCCGGGAUCAUCCUGA